AUGGAAGAAUAGUUUGGCAGAACAGCCACAGACUAACCUACUCAAAGAAGAAUCUACAUAGUUGAUAAGGAGGCAGUUAAAGCAGGCACUGCUAAACCAAAUACUUUUAAAUCUAUUUAAAAAGCAGUAGAUGAAGCAGAACCAGGUUCAAUCAUUAGAGUUUAGCCAAGUCUCUAUGAGGAAAGUAUCUACAUAGACAAACCAGGAAUUAUCAUUGAACUUGGAGAAAAACCUGGAGAGAUAACUUUAUAGCAAUAAAUUAAGCCUUGCUUUUUCAUAAAUAUUGCUCCUGACGAGACUUGCACCAUUAAUGGAAUGAGAAUGCUUUUGAAAGGGCCCAAUAAGGAUGAAGACAUUUCUUGUGGCAUAUAUAAGGAAAUCCAUAGAAAAGUACCAUCAAUUGCAGUCCUCCCCAAAAAUACACUAGAUCUGAAAAACUGCAGUUUUAAAGGUGAUACAACUAAUGAUGCUUACACAACAGGUGUUUUAUUAUUAAAGUCUGAUGCAAGUAUUUAUCAAUGCUAAUUCGCUCAUCAUAAAAGUGGCUCAAUAAUGUGCGAUCUGAAUCCAUAGAACAAAGUUUUUAUUAUUGAAAAUUAAAUUGUAUCAAGCGAGACUGCUGGAAUUUAUAUUUAAGGAAAAGCAUCAAGACCAACCAUUAAAGGAAAUAAAAUAAGGUAUUGCAGAUCAUCGGCAAUUAUAACAUAUUUAGAUGUUGAUGGUUGGAUUCUUGGAAAUGAAAUGACUAUUAAUGAUAUUGGAAUUGAGAUUUUAAAUAACAAAUCGAAGCUUAUUGAAAACAUCAUAGAGAAGUCUCAUGAAAAUGGUAUUAAAGUAGUUGGAGAUGACAAUAACACUAGAUCAAUGCCUUCAGUCUGGAAGAAUAGAGUCUUUUCUUGUGGCCAUCAUGGUAUACUCUGUAUGGGGAAAUACUGUGAACCUGAUAUUAGGGGGAAUAUAAUUGAGUCCAAUAGAAAGUCAGGAAUCAAGUUAACAGAUGAUGCAAUUGCUCAUAUCGGAGGCACUACAAAAGAUGAAAUAAAGAUCCUUCCUAACUACAACUCACCUAAUCUAGUUGCAACAGGUGCGAUAAAUGUGACUAUGAAUAGAGAUGGCACACUAGGGGGACCAGGUGAAACUGUAACAGGAACUAUGAAAUCUAUUAAUAAAAAGUUCAUUGGGACAGUUACAAAAGAGUUUAAUCCAUACGUCCCAAGUAUAAACUUAAAAAGUUUCCCUAACUCCAAUAUCAUCAGUUCCAACUACAAUCAAGGUAUAUUAAUUGUAGAAGGAUCUAGUGCCAUGAUAUACACGAAUAAGUUAGAGAAAAAUAUCAAAGCUAAUAUUGCUCUUGGGGGUAGAGGGUCAGGACAAACUAAAAUUAAGUAUAACGUAGUAGAGAAUUCUAAGUCAGAAGGUAUAUUUGUAGUUGAAGGCGAGGAGAAAUUGCUGAUUGAGGAAAAUGAUGUCAUAUCAAAUCAUGAUGGAAUUGUACUAGUAUAGUCACUUGGAAUCAUCAGAGGAAAUAGGAUAAAAGAAAAUCAAAGAAGUGGUAUAUUGACUGCUAGUGACACAAAGGCAGUUAUUGAAAGUAACAAUAUUGAAGAGAACUGGACUGCUGGUAUUUUAAUUAAAGAUCCGAGUCUUCCAGAGAUUAGAAAGAAUGAGAUAUCAAAGAAUUACUAUCAGGUGCAAAUGGAAAAGCAUGCCAAGAAAUUAUGGAGUCAGUACUAGAAGGAAAACCCAAAGAUCAUAGGAAACAAUGAGAUCCCCAAGUCUACUUGCCAGAUAUUUUGA